AUGGUCUCCUUAAUUCCACGCCGCCGGACAGUCCGCCGCCUCACCUUCUACACGAUCAUCCUCUUCCUCAUCUACCAACUCGCAAAACUCACCCUCCCCGCCGACAACAUAAUCUUCGUCUCCCUACACUCCCAAAAAGUCUACCUCCAGUCCCUCUUCCACUCCAAAGCCGCCACCGACUCCUGGAUCCGCUCCUCAACGGGGCCAUAUGCCGUGGAUUUCUCGUCCCGCGUCGGCCUGCUGAUCAAGACGGGCUACGGCACGCGCGAGAGGCUACCCGCGCAGCUCGAAGCCCUAGGCCUGGAUAAAUGGGACCCCGAUCGCGCUGUUGUCGUCGGCGACUUUGAGCAGGACGCCAACGCUACGGCUGGGGCGCCCGUGAUUCAGGAUGCUGUCGGCUCGAUCAUGAGGAUCCUCGCGCCAAAGGGUCUUAAUAGGAUGCAUAGAUUCAAAAGGUACGGGGCGCUUAAGAAGGCAAUUGAUGAUAAGGAUGAGAAGAGGGCCGAUUUGCUCGCUUCAAAUGUUGGCUGGGAGCUUGACGCACUAAAGACCAUCUGGGGCCUAGGAGCUCUUUUCAGAACCCUACCACCCAAAGACUGGUACAUCAUCCUCGACGACGACAGUUUCCUCGUCACCGAAUCCCUCACCCGCCUCCUCUCGCACCUCGACCCCACGAAACCCUACUAUCUCGGAAACACUCUCGGCAGCACGCUCAGCCGUUUCGCCCACGGCGGCUCAGCCAUCGUCCUCUCCCGCGCAACGCUCGAAAAGCUAUUCCGCGCGCACCCCGACGCGGCGGCCGAAGCGCAAGUGAAUUCCCUCUCUGAAACAUGGGGCGACAAGCUCGUGGCGGCGACGCUGCGGAAACUCAACAUUUACAUUGAUGAGAGGUUCAGCCACUUCUUCAAUGGCGAAGUACCGCUUGACACGCAGAUUGCAUCGGAUCGGUUCUGUUCGCCGAUCGUGUCGUUCCACGACCUGAAGAAGGCCGAGGAGAUGCGUGAGCUGGGGAGGAAGUUUAGGGAGAGAGGUAGGAGGUUGACUGUGUGGGCUGAUGUCUGGGAUCUGUUUGGCGGGGCGAAUACGCGGGGGUUUAACGAUAGGCCGAUGAGGCAGGAUCACGACUACGUGGGUAAGAAGGUGGAUGUGAGGAAGGUGAAGAUGUCGAAGAAUGUGCCGACGGCGGAGAGGUGUAUGAGGUUGUGCAUGAGGCAGAGGAAGAAGUGUUUGGCGUGGAGGUGGGAGAUGAAGAGUAGGGAGUGUUAUACGACUGCCUACUCGGGCUGCUCAAGGGAAUCUCUUCUCAUUAGCCUCGGCGACAGCUCCAUGAAUUUUCCAGGCCAGAGGCAAGAGUGA